CUACUUUUACACUCUACAUCUUACAUUCCCACCAGUUCCAUCCGAUCCGAAUCCGAAGCCAAUCAUCAGCAAAUCCCAGACCCCGCUUAGACAGUAUGAAGAACUUUACCUUCCGCCAGUAUCGGCGAUCGCCCAAACAAGGUAUCUAUUUCCCCUCCCCUGCCGCUACACCUGCAUCUCAUACAAGCACGCACCCCGUUCUCGAGCGCAGCACAUGUUAGCUACAGCCCGAACCGGAAGCCUGGGAUUACGAAUCGUUCAUAUCAGGCUGGCGAGAGACAUAUCACUGCGCCCUAUGGAGAUUCCAUAAAGUAGAAUGCUUAACCUGUUGCCGAGAGCGACUACUGCGUUGGAUAAUCCAGUUGACGGCAUGGUAGAUUCCGAGAAGUCGGGUGCUGGUGGUGGUGAUUCCAAAGACAAAGAUGCGGCAUACCUCAAGCGGAGAGAGCAAGUUCGAAGGGCGCAACGCACCCACCGCGAACGAAAGGAAAACUACAUCAAGUCUCUCGAAAACGAGGUCCUCCAACUCCGCACCUCGGAGGCCAAAAUCUUCCAGGAGAACCUCUCCCUCCAAGGAGAAAUAGGCCGGCUCAGACGCGUUCUCGAACAGCAUGGCAUCCCCUACAGUGACGGCAACCAGGACCUCUUCCUGACCCAGCCGAUCAACAGUCCCAGCUCGGCGCCGCUGAGCUCAAGUUCAAUCAGCAUCCUGGAGAAUCCGCAUCACCAGCAGCAACUGCAUAUUCUGAGUCCGUCUGGCAGCGGCAGCGGGGGCGGCAGUGCGCAGUUUUACCUUACGGAGAGCGAGGAGAGUCCACCAGCGAACGAUAGAGAGCUAAGGGGCAAGAGGUCGUUCUUCCGGAGGCGUGGGCGCUCCGAGUCGCAGUCGCAGUCGAAUGACGAGAGCAGUGGAUCCGGGCAUGCGCCUGCAACGCGCGCCGGGGAUAUAUCUGCGAUUGCGCAGUCUGCUUCGAACCUGAACUUGCGGGACAUGAACCAAACCGAUCUUGGCAUGGAAUUCGUCCUCACUCUCGAAGCCCCCUGUCUCCACCACACCCAAGGCGACCCCAACGACCCCAACGCUCCCACCGGCCACGCCCUCACCGCCUCCGCCCCCUUGCUCUUCCAAUCCCCCACCCAGGCCGUAAACACGACGACCACGAGCAACCUCUCCCACCAACAGCACCAGCACUGGGCGACGCCGCACCUGGGCCUCGAAAAGCUGCUCUCGCUGUCGUCCAACUUCGAGCUCUCGGACGAGAUCACGCCGGUGCAGGCGUGGCACCAGAUCCGCUCGCACCCGGACUUCCAGAACGUAGGCGUAGGCGAGCUGAGAAGACUAACGGAGGAUAUGCGCAAACAUGUCAAGUGCUAUGGGUAUGAAGAUGAUAGCGCUCCUGGAUUUUUGAAUGAGUUUGGUUAAUGUGUGGUACAGGUUUGGUGCCGUGGUGGAUGUGGAGGUCUUUGAGGGCUUGGUCGGGAGCGUGUUUCCUGCGUGGGGGCUUGUGGUUGGGUUGGCUAGCUAGUCUAGCUAGCUAGUUUCUUUCUCAGAAAUUGAGGGUUUAGGGCGGAGUCGAGGGGUGGAAAGGGGGAGUGAUAGUAUAGGGGGGCGGGACAAAAUGCGCAGGCGCAAUAGACGGUACAGCCAUGUAUAAAUUUCCUCCAAAUGUUUC